GACGAGAGACGCGAUCCUAACCGACGCACGUCUGUGGAGAAGCGUCCCGUCCCGCUGUGUCCUCGCGGCUCACUCCCGCGGGGCAAAUUCGCUUUCGGGAUUCUCGAGCAACCUCCCCGCUCACGCCCGUCACCAUGGAGGUGUCACCAUUGCAGCCUAUUAAUGAAAAUAUGCAAAUGAACAAAAAGAAAAAUGAAGAUGCUAAGAAAAGAUUGUCUAUUGAAAGAAUCUAUCAAAAGAAAACACAAUUGGAACAUAUUUUACUCCGUCCAGAUACCUACAUUGGCUCUGUGGAAUUAGUAACCCAGCAAAUGUGGGUUUAUGAUGAAGAUGUUGGCAUGAACUAUAGGGAGGUCACUUUUGUUCCUGGUUUGUACAAGAUCUUCGAUGAGAUUCUAGUUAAUGCUGCGGACAACAAACAAAGGGAUCCAAAAAUGUCUUGUAUUAGAGUCACAAUUGACCCAGAAAACAAUUUAAUUAGUAUAUGGAAUAAUGGAAAAGGAAUUCCUGUUGUUGAACACAAAGUUGAGAAGAUGUAUGUCCCAGCUCUCAUAUUUGGACAGCUUUUAACUUCUAGUAACUAUGAUGAUGAUGAAAAGAAAGUAACAGGUGGUCGAAAUGGCUAUGGAGCCAAAUUGUGUAAUAUAUUCAGUACCAAAUUUACUGUGGAAACAGCCAGUACAGAAUACAAGAAAAUGUUCAAACAGACAUGGAUGGAUAAUAUGGGGAAAGCUGGUGAGAUGGAACUCAAGCCCUUUAGUGGAGACGACUAUACAUGCAUUACCUUCCAGCCUGAUUUAUCUAAGUUUAAAAUGCAAAGCCUGGAUAAGGAUAUUGUUGCACUGAUGGUUAGAAGAGCAUAUGAUAUUGCUGGAUCCACUAAAGAUGUCAAAGUCUUUCUUAAUGGAAAUAAGUUACCAGUAAAAGGAUUCCGUAGUUACGUGGAUAUGUACUUGAAGGAUAAGUUAGAUGAAACUGGUAACCCAUUGAAAGUAAUACAUGAACAAGUAAACCAAAGGUGGGAAGUUUGUUUAACAAUGAGUGAAAAAGGUUUUCAGCAAAUUAGCUUCGUCAAUAGCAUUGCUACUUCCAAGGGUGGCAGGCAUGUUGAUUAUGUAGCUGAUCAGAUUGUAAGUAAACUCGCUGAUGUAGUGAAGAAGAAGAACAAGGGUGGUGUUGCAGUAAAAGCACAUCAGGUGAAAAAUCACAUGUGGAUUUUUGUAAAUGCCUUAAUUGAAAACCCAACCUUUGACUCUCAGACAAAAGAAAAUAUGACUUUACAAGCCAAGAGCUUUGGAUCCACAUGCCUACUAAGUGAGAAGUUCAUCAAAGCUGCAAUUGGCUGUGGUAUUGUAGAAAGCAUACUAAACUGGGUGAAAUUUAAGGCCCAAGUCCAGUUAAACAAGAAGUGUUCAGCUGUAAAGCAUAACAGAAUCAAGGGAAUUCCCAAACUUGAUGAUGCCAAUGAUGCAGGGAGCCGAAACUCCACUGAGUGUACACUUAUCCUGACUGAAGGAGAUUCAGCCAAAACUUUGGCUGUUUCAGGCCUUGGUGUGGUUGGAAGAGACAAAUACGGGGUUUUCCCUCUUAGAGGAAAAUUACUCAAUGUCCGAGAAGCUUCUCAUAAACAGAUUAUGGAAAAUGCUGAAAUUAACAAUAUCAUCAAGAUUGUGGGUCUUCAGUACAAGAAAAACUAUGAGGAUGAAGAUUCAUUGAAGACUCUUCGUUAUGGGAAGAUAAUGAUUAUGACUGACCAGGAUCAAGAUGGAUCCCAUAUCAAAGGCUUACUAAUUAAUUUCAUUCAUCACAACUGGCCAUCUCUUCUACGACAUCGUUUUCUAGAGGAAUUUAUCACUCCUAUUGUGAAGGUCUCUAAAAACAAGCAAGAAAUAGCAUUCUAUAGUCUUCCUGAAUUUGAAGAAUGGAAGAGUUCUACUCAAAAUCAUAAAAAAUGGAAAGUCAAAUAUUACAAAGGUUUGGGCACCAGCACAUCAAAGGAAGCUAAGGAAUAUUUUGCAGAUAUGAAAAGACAUCGUAUUCAAUUCAAAUAUUCUGGGCCUGAAGAUGAUGCUGCAAUCAGCUUGGCCUUUAGUAAAAAACAGGUAGAUGAUCGAAAGGAAUGGCUAACUAAUUUCAUGGAAGAUAGAAGGCAACGGAAGUUACUUGGCCUUCCUGAGGAUUAUUUGUAUGGGCAAACUACCACUUACUUGACAUACAAUGAUUUCAUAAACAAGGAACUUAUCCUGUUCUCAAAUUCUGAUAAUGAAAGAUCUAUCCCAUCUAUGGUGGAUGGUUUGAAACCAGGUCAGAGAAAGGUUUUGUUUACUUGUUUCAAAAGGAAUGACAAGCGAGAAGUGAAGGUUGCCCAGUUAGCUGGAUCAGUGGCAGAAAUGUCCUCUUAUCACCAUGGUGAGAUGUCACUAAUGAUGACCAUUAUCAAUUUGGCUCAGAAUUUUGUGGGCAGCAAUAACUUGAACCUUUUGCAGCCCAUUGGUCAGUUUGGAACUAGGCUGCAUGGUGGCAAGGAUUCUGCUAGCCCUCGAUACAUCUUUACAAUGCUUAGCCCUUUGGCUCGGUUAGUAUUUCCACCAAAAGAUGAUCACACAUUAAAGUUCUUAUAUGAUGACAACCAACGUGUUGAACCUGAAUGGUAUAUUCCUAUUAUACCCAUGGUGUUGAUAAAUGGAGCUGAAGGUAUUGGAACUGGGUGGUCUUGCAAAAUACCCAACUUUGAUGUUCGUGAGGUUGUAAAUAACAUCAGGCGUUUGAUGGAUGGAGAAGAACCUUUGCCAAUGCUUCCAAGUUACAAGAACUUUAAGGGAACUAUUGAAGAACUGGCUUCAAAUCAAUAUGUGAUUAAUGGUGAAGUAGCUAUUCUUAAUUCAACAACCAUUGAAAUCUCAGAGCUUCCCAUCCGAACAUGGACCCAGACCUACAAAGAACAGGUUCUGGAGCCCAUGUUGAAUGGCACUGAGAAGACACCACCUCUUAUAACAGACUAUAGGGAAUACCAUACAGAUACCACUGUGAAGUUUGUUGUCAAGAUGACUGAAGAAAAACUGGCAGAGGCAGAGAGAGUUGGACUACAUAAAGUCUUCAAGCUCCAAACUAGUCUCACUUGCAACUCUAUGGUACUUUUUGACCAUGUAGGCUGUUUAAAGAAAUAUGACACUGUGUUGGAUAUUCUAAGAGACUUCUUUGAACUCAGGCUUAAAUAUUACGGAUUAAGAAAAGAAUGGCUUCUAGGCAUGCUUGGUGCAGAAUCUGCUAAACUGAACAAUCAGGCUCGUUUCAUAUUAGAGAAAAUAGAUGGAAAAAUAGUCAUUGAAAAUAAACCUAAAAAAGAAUUAAUAAAAGUUCUGAUUCAGAGAGGAUAUGAUUCAGAUCCUGUGAAAGCCUGGAAAGAAGCUCAGCAAAAGAUUCCAGAAGAAGAAGAAAAUGAAGACAGUGACAAUGAAAACAGUGAAAAGAGUGACUCUGUAACAGAUUCUGGACCAACCUUUAAUUACCUUCUUGAUAUGCCUCUAUGGUAUCUAACCAAGGAAAAGAAAGAUGAACUGUGCAAACAAAGAAAUGAAAAGGAACAAGAACUGGAUACAUUAAAGAGAAAGAGCCCAUCUGACUUGUGGAAGGAAGACUUAGCUGCUUUUAUUGACGAACUAGAGGCUGUUGAAGCCAAGGAAAAACAAGAUCAACAAGUAGGACUUUCUGGAAAAGGAGGGAAAGCAAAGGGGAAAAAAAUGCAGAUGGCUGAAGCUCUGCCUUCUCCCCAAGGAAAAAGAGUCAUUCCUCAAGUGACCAUGGAAAUGAAAGCAGGAGCAGAAAAGAAAAUUAAAAAGAAAAUUAAGAGUGAAAAUACUGAGGGAAUGUCUAAUGAGGAUGGUAUGGAACUAGAAGGCCUAAAACAAAGAAUACAGAAGAAACAGAAAAAAGAACCAGGUGCCAUGGCAAAGAAACAAACUACAUUGCCUUUUAAAACUAUCAAAAAAGGAAAAAGCCGAAACCCAUGGUCUGAUUCUGAAUCAGAUGUGAGCAAUACUGAAAGUGAUUUUGCUGUCCCUCCACGAGAAGUAGAGCCACGGAGAGCUUCAACAAAAACAAAAUACACAAUGGAUUUGGAUUCUGAUAAAGAAUUCUCAGAUUUUAGUGAAAAAGAUCAAGAUAAAGAUUUUUUGCCAUCAGAUCCUAGUCCACCUAAGACUGAAACUCCCCAAAAAAAUAUUAAAAAAGUGAAACCACAGAAAAGCACCAUGUCAGUAGUUAACCUUGAAACUGAUAAUGUUAAGGACAAUGAACCACCUUCUCUAAACCUUCCUGCUGCUGACUUCGCAGCUGAAGCUGAAAUUUCAAAGCCACCUUCUAAAAAGAAUGUGACAGUGAAGAAGACAGCAACAAAAAGCCAGUCUUCCACUUCCACUGCUGUUACCAAAAAAAGGGCUGAACCAAAAGGAGUCAAAUCACAAUCAACCUUGAAGUCUGAUGUCCCACAAAAGCCUAAUCCUGCCAAACCCAAAAAUCAACGCAAAAGGAAGCCAUCUACUUCUGAUGAUUCUGACUCUAAUUUUGAGAAACUUGUUUCUAAAGCUCAUACGAGCAAGAAACCCAAGGGAGAGAGUGAAGAUUUCCAUCUGGAUGUGGACCCAUCUGUGGCUCCUCGAGCAAAGUCCGUGCGAGCAAAGAAACCUAUUAAGUACCUGGAAGAGUCAGAUGAGGAUGAUCUAUUUUAAAAAGAAGUCAUUUUAAGGAAUGAUUUUUACAGAGCCUGACUGGUUUUAAAGUUACUUGAAGUUCAUUUCCUCCCCUCUAAAUUUAGUUUGGGGAAAUAUUUUACGAAACAAUGAAUUAGUGACUAGCGUCUAUGUGGCAUUUAGUUUUUUAUACAGCGUGCUGUCAAAAUGGUGACUUCUUGUGGACACUGUUUUCUUCUCACUUUAUCUGUUUUUAUGUGUAUUUUCUUUGGUCUUUAAAAUCUGGUUUUUAAAUCCUCCAGAGGUUAUUAUAUCGUUGCUUCAGCAUAAAAAUUUCUUGAUCAUUCAUUAACCUAAAACUGGGACACUUAAAAGUCACUCUGCCUUCUUCCCUAUUUUCACUAAAUAUGAGAUAGUAUGAUUUCUUGUAUGUAGUUUUAGUUUUAUAGGUAGUAUUCCAACACAUAGAACAUAGUACAAAUAUUCUGCUCACUCUAUUAUGCGAUGCAUUUUGUUCAAGCAAUGAGAAGUUACUCAUAUCCUUUUGAAUGUUAUCAGAAGCUGGAGAAAAUCACCAUGGCUAUGUCUGUGUGACCUCAACAGUGAGUAGGAUGAAGAAAAUUGGGCCAAAUAUAUGCCUGCCUCAACUUUUCUCCCCACACUCCCUUAUGCAGAAUCUCAAAAGAACAAAUGUCUUGGGAGCAUGAGGUUAUGGGAGGGGGGAUGUUUGCUCAGAGAUCUGAGCUGUUGUAUGAAUACCAUGCUCAGCUAUGGGCCAUUAGGUUCAUUUUAGGGAGGCUCCAUAAUAAACAUUUGUAAACCCUAUUAAGUCCUUUCUGUGUUGUUAUGUGUGUUAUCAAUGUUUUUGUAAAUAUUUAUUAUGUUUUCCUGUAUAGCUGAAUUCUAACACUUUUGUACUUUAAUAAAUGUUAUAAACAUUUCAA